GGUACCGCCCGGACCGCGCUUGUAGCUGAUGGCCGCUCUCCUGCCCAGCUCCGCGUCCCCCUUCUCGGAAUCUCGUGCAGUUUCCCGUCUCUUAUCGCAGUUUCCCGCGGCCGGUCGCUCGGCCCCCUCGCCCUCUGUGAUGGCCGGGGUCAUGCAGCCCUCAUCCUGCUGCUGCUCGGCUCCUCGCGGUCCUCGUAGCGCGGCCGUAUCGGGGGCGGCACCAGACUUUCCUGCUCUGCCAGCUUUUUCUCCGUCACUUAGUAUUAAAAAAGGAUGCGUGUAUGCGAUGUUUGUGUAUAGGGUAGGUGCGUACAGGCUGCGUUUUUCGUAACAAAGCCCUGAGAGGGUGACCUGUCCCAGAGCCCGGCUGAGGCAAAACGCGAUAAGCUCUCGGAGGAGAACGCCGCUCGGUUCUUCGACCCGCGGAACGGGAGCGCCGGGGCCGCGUUUCCGGGGGACGGCGGUGCGCCGCCAUUUCCCGUCCCCACGCGAAGAUGGCGGUGCCCGGCGCGUUGCUGGGCUGGUGCGUGCGGCGCCUGCGCGGCGACUUCGGGCUGGACGUGGGCGAGGAGGUCGUGCGCUACAUCCUGUCGAUAACAAACGAGGAUGAGAUCCGUGAGUACGUGGUCGAUCUCCUCCAAGGCACCGAGGGGAAGAAGGGGAGGUUUGUGGAAGAGCUGCUGUCGCGCUGGCAGCAGUCCUCGCAGUCACCUGCUGAGCCCUUACCGGCCUAUCGGAAAAAGGAUGAGACAUCAGAGGCACCUCGGCCUGGAGACCAAGCAAAGAAGGGGAAACGCAAAGGAAGGAAUAAACAGGAAACACCUGCAUAUGUGGAGCCCAGCACACAUGUGGAGGAAGUAAAAACCCCCCUCGACCUAGCCAAGGCACAGGAGAACAGCACUGCAAGCAGCAGCAAUUCCUGUAAGAGAAAGACCAAAUAUGUCAGCCUGUACACCAAAGAAGGGCAAGACAGGCUGGCUGUCCUGAUCCCUGGCCGUCAUGCCUGCGAGUGCUUGGGCCAGAAACACAGGCUCAUCAACAACUGCUUGGUCUGCGGGCGCAUUGUGUGUGAGCAGGAAGGCUCUGGACCCUGCUUGUUUUGUGGUUCACUGGUGUGCACUAAAGAAGAGCAGGACAUUCUUCAGCGGGACUCAAACAAGAGCCAGAAGCUGCUGAAGAAGCUCAUGGCAGGUGCUGAAAGUUCAGGGAAUUUGGAUGCCGUAAGCAAAGACCUACUGCCUCGGCAAGAAGCUAGACUGAAAGCAGGCCUGGAGAUGGCCGUGAGACACAAAGACAAGUUGCUAGAGUUUGACAGGACCAGCGUGCGUCGCACCCAGGUCAUUGACGACGAGUCGGAUUAUUUUGCGACGGACUCCAACCAGUGGCUCUCCAAGCAAGAGAGGGAGGCCCUACAGAAGAGAGAGCAGGAGCUGCAGGAGCUGCGCCAUGCCUCCCGCCUUGCCAAAAAAGUCACCAUCGACUUUGCUGGAAGGCAGAUCCUGGAGGAGGACAGUGGGAUGGCUGAGUACCACAGCAAACUGGAUGAAACUAUUGAAGCCAUUAAUUGUGGCACACUGAACAAGCCAGCUGCCAACCCAGAAGCAAAGACAACUCCGGGUUCUGGUGUGUUAGUGAAUCCCCAUCUUCUUCAGCCUGCUCCUUUGUGGGUGGACCAAACUGGCUUGCUACCACACAGGGGAGCCACCCCUUCCAUUGGUGCUGGAGAGGAGCUUGGCUCAGAGCGGAACAGACUGCGGAUUCAGGACCGGGAGUUACAGGAGAUCUCAGAUGAUGGUUGGUGCCUCAGCAUGCACCAGCCUUGGGCUUCCUUGCUCGUAAGAGGAAUCAAAAGGGUGGAGGGCAGGACCUGGUACACAUCUCAUAGAGGGCGGCUGUGGAUUGCAGCUACUGCCAAAAGACCUUCUCCUCAGGAGAUCUCUGAACUGGAGACCACCUAUAGAAUGCUGCUUCACAAAGAUGUGGCAUUCCCAAAUGAUUAUCCCUCAGGGUGCCUCCUGGGCUGUGUGGACGUAACUGAUUGUUUAUCACAAGAGCAAUUUAAUGAGCAGGUGAUCGCUUGGUGUCCUAAAUCUGCACGAGGGAACGUGUCUAAGCUAUUUCUGUGCCACGAGAUUGCAGCUAUCAUUUAAAUAGGUUUCUUUUUUCCCCCUCAGGAAAUUCACGUUUAAUCUCUUGUCCUCCUCUUUCCUCCCCAGUGGAAAUAACAGCAAAAAAAAAAAGAGAAUUGGGCGCUAAGCAUACAAGACGUGAUUUAAUUUAUCCUGUAGGAAUGAAGAAGGGAGGUAGAAAAUUUGCGUGUAGAAUCCAGAGAGCCUUUUCAGGUUAUCUGCAAGGAAAGGAACAAUAACACACGAGUGGUAUUUUCCCAAGAAAUAACGUAAUGAGAGGGAGGAACAUAAACACAUACGUUGAAAUGUACUUUGAAGAACAUUAUGAACAUACAGACAUUUAAAUAUGACUUUCCAUGAGGACCUCCAUAAAGGUUUCCUAGCACAAGCUGCAGGUGAGGCAAAAGCUCUUUUUUGCAGUGGCGUAGCUGUCUGGUGCACGUAGCCAGGAGACUCCUCUGCUCACUCCCACCAAAGAGAUGCUUCUGGUUCCCAAGGCUUGGUUAUCACACCUCUACAGAUGGAUGAAUUUAGCAAGGUUUUGGGUUUUGGGGACUAGAUCAGGUUAGUGCAAAAGGAAAGAUGUCUAGGUGGCUGUUAGUGACUGCAACCAACAGGAAGGCCUUUGAACUUUACAGGUCUCUGAGUUCUCCUAAGCUGAAUUUGUUAUUCACACGGAGCCUGAUGCAAGAUCCAAUGGCCUGAGGUGUUAGUCUGGUCUGCAGGGACCUACAGGUGAUGCGUGUCUUUAUUCAGUUCCUCGCUGUACUUCCUUAGACACAAAGCACCUCUGGUUCUUGGUUGUAGAAGCAGAGUAGGCACGCAGCUGGUUUGGAUUAUCGACGGUCAGAGAUGGGGGAGUUUUUCUGUAUGUGAAGUGCUUUGGUUUUCAUCAGAAGCUGUUCUAAUGCUCCAGCUGCCUUGCAUAAGCCAGCAGGUUUACCGAGGCCACUGCUCACUGUUAAGAUGAAGGAGAGAUUGUCACUUGAUGAUGAUUAAUUUAGGAAUGCAUUAACAUGCCAAAGAAAUCGAAUGAUAGAGGCUAGCUUGCCCUGUCUUCUGGUUUCAUAGACCCUAGGGAAAAAACGAAGCCAAGGCUGAAGUAUAUGACUUAAUUAAUGAUGACUGUGGACUUAGCCUCUGCUACCAUUUCAACAAACUAGUCAGCGAUCUGGGAAUUUGUUUCUUUCCGAUGCGGUCACUGUUACUUGCCUUCUUCUUGGCGCUUGGGUUUUAUUAAUCCUGAAACUGAGGGUUAGGUAACACCGACCUCAAGCCAGGUGCCCUGGUUUCCCAGCUGUGGCUCAGCUGGGUUGAGCCAUGGCCAUGCAUUUGUGUGGUGAUCCUAAACAGUGGGGGCACCAGCAGCUACAGAAUGCAGCUGAGGGCCCUUGCUUCACUUGCUUCAGCUUUCAGCGGCACAGCAUCAAUUUCACAGCCCUGAACAGGCCGGCCCCUCAGCUGCAAAUCCUGGCUUUGAGAAAUAGCCUAAUGCCUCAGUGACCAGAUCAAUAGUGCCAGCAGCCCGCUGGCCGUGUUGUGCCUCUCGGGGAGCAGCAGCGAGGGUCACAGCAGGGAGUGGUGGCUGCUGGAAGAAAGCAGGGCAGGGAUGUGGGUGUCUGAUCUGCACUGAGCUGCAUUCACCAAAGUUAGGUUUAAUCUUCCUCACGUGCUGCACCAGUCUUUAAAUCAGAGUUUCAAAGGAAGAAGCAAGGACUUUAUGGAGCUGAUUGAAAAUGCCUGGCUGCGUCUAGCAGGGUUCAGGUGCUCUGAGCAGAAGCAGGUGCCCUGUUUUCUCCUCAUCCCCUCAUUGCCUCUCUCCUCCCCACUGCCGUGCCUCCUCCUGACAGCUCAAGCAGUGGGGCUGCAUUGCAGCUGAGGUUAGCCCUGCCUCCACGCUCCCUUGGCACUGGAGUAUGAGAUGGUUCUUUCAGCUGAGCCUUUUACACUACUGAGUAUUUUUCCAAGUCCACCCAGUUUCCCCUGAUGCUUGUCAGGCAUUCUGUAAACAUCUCAGGUCCUUCAUGCUGCUUGUGGGUUUACCAGGGGUGGGAUCUGAGCCACAGAAGGGUAUUGGUGGCUGUGGGUCCUGUGUCACAGGCUGGUUUUGGGAGAGAAGAGGGGAUGUGACGUGCCCUGCCUCCACUGCCAUGGUUCAGUGAUUCAAAAUCAAGUGCACCAGAAUGAACUUAAGUAUUACACCUACAUUUCAAAGUCCUGUUGUUGCUUACUACGUUUAAUUGCUUCCCCUGCCCCUUGAGUCAAAGUACAGCUCGUGGUGCAGAACCACAGCUUGAGGCACGGAACGCCCAUGGAGGACUCAGACCGUCCAGGGAAGAUCCCGUGGUGAUACCAGCCCGCUGCCUGUGUGUCUGGUGGCCUGCUGGCCAAGCAAGUGAGGGGCAGAACAGGCAACAACUGGCAGGCAUGAUUGUGGGAAGAAGGGGAAAGGAAGGCAGGCUGGCUAGCAAAAUUCCUUGUGCAUUCUCAUAGAAGGAGCCAAUGCCAGCACAUUAUCUGCCAGCAGCAGAUGUAAGCUCUCAAAAACAGCAGGGAGGAUGUUGACUGCAACAAUGCAUCAAGGCUGCGGUUUGUAACCUCAAUAGUAAGGCAGUUAACUUUUUUUUUUAACAAAGACAUUUUGAUUGCCAAAUCCAUAACCAUUAGCAGCUGUGGUUUUGAGCUGUUCCUUCCUCACACGUUGCAGUCUAGACCUGACAGGCUUUCAAACAAAAGUUUGGCUGAUGGCUUUUGUUUUUGUUUUUUGCCAAACUGCUUUUUUCUUUUGCCUCUUGUGUCGAUUCGCAUUGAGCGUGGCUGCGGAUCUCUUUUCUAAGCCAGCCUUCCUGGAGCGGCUCCUCUGUGCCGACGACGUGGUGGUCUUUGACUGAGGGCUGCAAGUAGAGUUUCUUGGUUGCCUGUUCACUGCAGCACUGGAUGUUUCUGCCUCAGGCUAGAAAAUUUGGCAUUUCUAGAACUUUGGAUCUGCUCUGGGAUUUCUGUUUAGGAAAAUGUUUGUCAUGAGCCAGAAGCCUGUUUGGCCUGUGCUGAGGGGCAGGGAAUGGGUCCUUAAAAGAAGGCUAAACACUUGCUCAGAGUUGGAAGCAUGAUGUGAGACCAUGUCGGGAGGGAGAUCAAGACUCAGUGUGAAGCUCUUGGUGUUCUGUGAGCACUUUGUGAGGCCAGCAGCCAAGAAGAGAUCACACAGCAGCCCAAACCUGCAUUGCCUGGCUCAGGCGAUUGCUCCCGUUGCCAGUCGGUGCCGUCUUUGCUGUGCAAACGUGCCCUGGAGCACUUCAGAACGAAGGCUGGGCUGGGAAGAUUGGCUUGAUAAUCCCCAAAAGCAAACGUCCGUGUAACGAGGCAGUGGAGACUACUGCUGUCAGAACAACAGAUGGGGAAAAGAUGCUUCAGCAUGCCCGUCCUUGGAAAAGCUGUGAGGAAGGAAGGGCACUGCUUGGACACGGAGGCUGUCUGACUGAAGCCUCAUCCUGCAUGCAGCGAGAAAGAAGGGAUUUUUCUUCUUGCUGUUAACUAACUCCUACCUGCUGGACCAUCACAGAACCAUUAGCUGGUCCUUUUUGUCUGCAGUUGUACCUGAGCCUCUCUUUUGCAGGAGCAGGAGCCUGGGUUAUUGCCAGCGGUGUGCAGACUGCAUUCGGUGGCCUGGCAGUGGCACGGCCUGCUCUGCAUCUUCACCCUCAUUUUAGAGAGCUCCAUUUCUCCUGAAUCCCACGUGCACAUGGGACUGGUGUCUGCACUGCAAGUGCUGCCAUGGACGUCCCCAUUUGGCUGCUGCAGCCCCAUUGGUUGCCAGAAACUACUGACUUUCUUUUCUCUUUUUGCAAACCGCUAAAGAAACAUUUUCUAGCUGGAUGGUGAGCAAUUUCCCUCAGGAGAGGAGGAGAAAAUGGCUGUUUAGUAGUUAAUUACCUGUUAUGUUAGUCUGACAGCUAUGAAGCUUAUGAGGCAUGAAAGAAGAGCGGAUCUGCCUUUCCCACAAAUCACAAGGAAAACCGAAGGAAGUAAGUUGUGUGGAGGCCAGACACGCUCACGAGCCUCCCCACGCCUUCCCCUCUCCCAGGCGCGCUGUCCUGGGCAGCACUUCACCUCCUUUGCCUCCCGCUUCCCUUGCUUGCCUGCAGCCAGGCUGCUGCUCCCAGCUCUUGGAGCCUGGUGCAUGUUUCUGCCUGCUGGGGACGGCUGAUUUAUGGGCCUGCUUACAGCAGCCCCGCUCUUUCAGAGGGACACCAUCUCUGCCAAGACUUUUUUUUUUCCCUGAAUGUGUUUUACGGUGAGGAAUAACUGAGUGCUUUUGCCAACACAUGGGCUCUGCUUGCUUUUAUUCUUUCCAGACAGCUUUGCUUUCCAGAGCUGCCUCUUUUAUUUUGAAGCUCUUCGAGAGCAGCGGGGAGGUGAAGGCCGAGCUGCGAGCUGGUGUCCUGGUCCGGCGCUGGGCUCCGAGGAGGCACACUAGGAAAAUGAUCCGACCCUUUUCAUCGCUGACCCCACACAACGCCUCCCCCCCAGCACGACCUCCGCGCAGAGC